AUGUGCUUCCUCACCCGUGGGCUGGCGCUGCUGCUGGGCGUGCUGCUGUGGGCGCCGUGGCGAGCGCUGCACGGGGCGCCACUGACCGAGCUCUCAGGGGACCAGGACUUCCAGCUCUUCCUGCAGAGGAACCUCGAGUUCACCCGCAAGAUCCGUGGGGAUGUGGCCGCCCUGCAGCGCGUGGUGUGUGACACCUUGCAGCUGUGCGAGGAGGACGAGCUGCUGCUGGUGCGGCAGCACCUGGACAUCGCCCAGGCGCCGCUGGAGCAGUGUCACAAGCGAACCUUCCAGGCAGAGACUUGCUUCAGCCAAAUCCGUGCCGGGCUCCACAUCUACCAAGGCUCUCUGGCCACCAUCCAGGCCCUGCUGCCCGGGCACGCUGGGCUGGUGGAGACCCUGCAGCUGGACAUGGCCAACCUGUCCUCCAACAUCCAGCAGCAGAUGGAGGACCUGGACCUGGCCACGGUGACGUACCCCACAGAGAACCAGGACCCCCUCCCCACCUUCUCCUCCCACUUCCACCACCAAGUCGGCGGCUUCUUCAUCCUGGCCAACUUCCAGCGGUUCCUGGAGACGGCAUACCGGGCACUGCGGCACCUCGCCAACCUCUGA